AAAUUAUCUUUAACCGUUACCAUUAUCUAAUAGCCAAAAGAACUGCUGGUUCUCAAAGAAUCAAAGCCCAGCUCCAACAAAGUAACAGUCAAUGGCUACUCUUUCUCCUUCGUCAUCUUCUCUCCUCUUCUCUUCUCCACCUUACAAGCUUUCUCCACUUUCUCUUUUAUCUUCUUCACGCCUCUCCUUCUCUUCCUCCUCCCAAUCCUCUCAUCUUUCUUCUUUUCUCUCUAUCUCUCCAAAUUCUUUAACAUGCCCUAUUUCAUGUUCAAUGCCCUUCUCUGCCUCUGCCUUCACUGUAAAGGCCAGUACAGCAGAGAAGAAGAAGGUCCUUAUAGUUAACACAAACAGCGGUGGCCAUGCAGUUAUUGGAUUUUACUUUGCAAAAGAGCUUCUGGGUUCUGGUCAUGACGUCACUAUCUUGACUGUUGGCGAGCAGAAUUCUGAUAAAAUGAAGAAACCUCCAUUCAGCAGAUUCUCAGAAAUUGUGAGUGCUGGAGGGAAAACAGUGUGGGGAGACCCAGCAGAAGUAGGGAAAGCUGUGGAAGGCGCAACUUUUGAUGUGGUGUUAGAUAACAAUGGCAAGGAUCUUGAUACUGUCAGGCCUGUGGUGGACUGGGCAAAGAGUAGUGGUGUGAAGCAGUUCAUGUACAUCAGCAGUGCCGGAAUUUAUGUACCUACUGAUGAACCUCCUCAUGUUGAAGGGGAUGAUGUUAAAGCUAGUGCUGGCCAUGUUGGAGUAGAGAAAUACAUUGCAGAGAUUUUUAGUAGCUGGGCUAUAUUCCGCCCCCAAUACAUGAUUGGUUCAGGCAACAACAAAGAUUGUGAGGAGUGGUUUUUCGAUCGGAUCGUCCGAAAAAGGCCAGUGCCAAUUCCUGGCUCUGGAAUGCAACUAACUAAUAUCGCCCAUGUUAGGGACUUGUCUUCCAUGCUUACUCUAGCUGUUGAGAACCCAGAAGCUGCAAAUAGCAACAUAUUCAACUGUGUAAGUGACCGAGCUGUGACUUUGGAUGGAAUGGCAAAACUAUGUGCUCAAGCUGCAGGUUUACCGGUCGAAAUUGUGCAUUAUGACCCAAAAGCUGUUGGAAUUGAUGCAAAGAAAGCUUUUCCUUUCCGAAACAUGCAUUUCUAUGCAGAACCCAGAGCUGCCAAGGACAUCCUCGGAUGGAAUGCUACCACAAACCUUCCCGAGGACUUGAAAGAACGAUUUGAUGAGUAUGUAAAGAUCGGAAGAGACAAGAAGCCUAUGCAGUUUGACAUAGACGAUAAAAUACUUGAAUCUCUUAAAGUUCCAGUAGCAGUCUGAUCAAGUGCAUCAGAACUGUUACGUUUCCAGAUCUACCCUGGUCGCUGGGACUUACAGUUUUGUCAUCCUUCCUCGUCUGUUUUAGUUUGUUAAGAAUCAUUGUACUUUUUUUCCACUUAAUUCACAAGAAAAUUAAUGAAUAAAUAAAGCUAUUGGUAACAUUUUCAGACAAUAGAAACAGAAAUCAAUUAGUUAUUGGAGCCA